CUUCAUGCACAAGGAUCUUACCUACUGUCACUUCAGCGUCAGCGAUGACGUGCAAGGACACUUUCAAGUUUCAACUGCUGGAAAAUUGUUUGUCAUUCACCACCAACCUGGGACUUGUCUCCGUCGUUAGUUAUCUGUAUGUACACAGUAUAAAUGCAGGUUCUCUACACAGUGGCAACAUCCGGAGCAGUGAGGUAGCCAAUCGUCGUUCUCUUCGCCGUUAGAGGUACUGAUCGAGAUGUCGGCGGCCGAGGGGAGGAAGACGGCGUGCGUCACCGGAGGGAGCGGCUACAUCGCUGCAGUUCUCAUCAAGCUGCUGCUCGAGAAAGGCUACGCGGUCAAGACGACGGUCAGAGACCCCGAUGACAUGGAAAAGAACUCCCACCUCAAAGAUUUGCAAGCGCUUGGCCCCUUGGAGGUCAUCGGUGCCCAACUGGACGUGGAAGGAAGCUUCGACGAAGCGGUUUCUGGCUGCGACUACGCCUUCCUUGUCGCUGCCCCAAUGAACAUCGAUGCAGCAGAUCCUGAGAAGGAUAUGAUCGAAGCCGCCGUCCAAGGAACUCUCAACGUGAUGAGGUCGUGCGUGAGAGCUGGGACGGUGAAACGGGUGAUCCUGACGUCGUCGGACGCCGCGGUGUCCAGAAGGCCGUUGCACGGUGGCGGCCACGUGCUGGACGAGGGCUCAUGGUCCGACGUCGAGUACCUCAGAACAAACAAGCCACCAAUUUGGGCGUAUGCCGUCUCGAAGGUGCUUCUGGAGAAGGCGGCGAGUGAAUUCGCGGAGGAGAACGGCGUCAGCCUCGUCACCGUGUUGCCCGUGUUCACCUUGGGUGCGGCGCCGCUCUCCAAGGCCAAAACCAGCGUCCCCCUCACCCUCUCCCUGUUGUCCGGCGACGAGACAUUCCUGAACAUGCUGAUAGGCCUGCAAUUGAUCACCGACUCCAUGGCGAUAAGCCACGUUGAAGACGUAUGCCGCGCCAAGGUGUUCGUGGCCGAGAACGAGUCCUCCUCCGGCAGGUACAUCUGCUGCAGCCACAACACUACAGUCCUGCAGCUCUCCCGUUUCUUGAAAGAGAAGUAUCCACAAUACAAUGUGCAACCUGAACGCUUUGAUGGAUCCCCGGAGAAGCCCAAAGUGUGCCUGUCUUCUGAGAAGCUCAUCGGGGAAGGGUUCGUGUUCAAGUAUAAUGACCUGGGUGAGAUAUUUGACAACCUCGUCGAGUAUGGCAGGACAACAGGGAUUCUUCCCUACUGAUAUGUACGCCGGCUGAUGAUCAAUAUGUGACCGGAACAAAAUAUUGUUGUCUCAAAUAAGCCAGAAGCUCCGUGCUUGUGUUUUUGUAAAAUAAGAUGUUAGUACCCGAGUUGCACUAUCCCGAGGAUCCUCGGGC